AUGAAACUUGACUUCAUGAAUGACGAUGAUGAUGGCGAUGCUGGUGAUGGGGAGCAGGAGGAGGAGGGCGAGGAGGGUGGGAGCCAGGGAAGCAGCAAGAGGCGGCAAGUACCAGCGUUCUCAGCAGCAUCACCUGGCAGCAUUGCUCCCAGGAGCUCCUUCAAAGAUGCAUUCAGCUAUUUAGAGGAGCAGUCCUCGUCAUCACCGUCAGCAGCAAAGCCCCCUCUGGCACCAUCAUCAACAGACCCAUCCAACCCCACGCCCACCCCUGCAAAAGCCUCCCUAGCCACAUCCUCCUCCCCAUCCCCGCUAUCAGCCUCCUCUGUACCAUCACCAGCAGCAACACCUGACACCAAGGGGCCGGCAGCAGCAGCAGCAGCAGCAGCAGCAGCAGCAGCAGCAGCAGCAGCAGCGGGAGCGGGAGCAGGAGCGAUGCGUGUGGUGGGGAAUGACUCGAUCGAUGCGCUGCCCACGUUUGAAGCCUCUCCGGUGACGGAGCUGCCCAAGAGCGAGGAGUUCCUCUUUGGCCCUUCCUCUGACUUUGCUCUUGCUGCUGCCAGUGCUGCCGAUGCCUCGCUCUUCACGUUUGGGGACGAUGAGGAGGAAUAG